AUGGAUUUCCAGUCCCUCCCUCGCCCGGUGAAGACCUACCACCAAAAGACCUACGACCGCAUCUCUCCCUCCAAGACCAAAUUCGACGGCGCGGGCAAGACAAUCCUCAUCACUGGAGGCGCCACUGGUGUCGGAUACUCCAUCAGUGAAUCAUUUACAGAAGCGGGAGCCGAAGCGAAGAAAUCCUUGACAGCCAAGUUCCCAAAGACAGAGAUCGAGACCGUACAAGCCUCAAUCACCGACCCAGACCGCAUGGAAGAGAUCAUCAAGCAAGCCGGCGACAUCGACGUCCUCGUCCUCUGCGCCGCCAACACCCACACCGCGUUCAGCACGAUCAGAGUAUACCUCAAGCAACCAACUCCAACAUCCAAAACAAUCAUCAACAUCUCCUCCGCAGCCGCCCAUAUGACGCUGCCGCAGAUGGCCGGUUACGGCCCCUCGAAAGGCGCCUUCUCAAACAUCCUGCAAGCCGUCGCGGCAGAGUAUCCGGGCGAAAACGAUCCUCGCAUCUUCCAGUUCCAUCCAGGAGUGUUCUUGACGCCGAUGGCGAAGUCGGUGGGCUUCAGCGUAGAGAACGUGCCGGAGGGGUUCUGGGAGGAUAUCAAACUGCCCGGGGACUUCGCCGUGUGGUGCGCGGGCCCUGAGAGCACGUUCCUGCAUGGCAGGUUUGUCUGGGCGCAUUGGGAUGUUGAUGAGCUUAUUGCGCUGAAGGCGAGGGUUGAGAGGGAGCCUGGGUUUCUUCAGUUGGGGCUUGUGCAGUGA